AUGGCUGACCCUGAAUGCCAGCUGGAGCGGGUGGGGUGCCUCCGCCAUCUCACCAUGGCCAUCCUCUCUGUGUCCUGUGUUGUCGGUGUGCUGGGCAAUGGGCUGGUGCUGUGGAUGACGCUGUUCCGCAUGACCAGCACCGUCACAACAGUCUGGUUCUUCAACUUGGCCCUUGCUGACUUCUUGGUUCUCCUGUCCUUACCGGUGUCCAUCUACAUCGUGGCCAACGGCUGGUGGCCUUCUGCUGGCUUGGUCUGCAGGCUCUACAUGGCCUUUCUCAUUCUCAACUUCUUCGCCAGCAUCUACCUGUUGGUCCUCAUCUCUGUGGACCGCUGCAUCUUGGUCCUGUACCCCGUGUGGGCCAGGAACCACCGCACCGUGCGGCGAGCCACUUGGCUAGCUAUCGUGGUGUGGCUGCUGGCCGCUGCUGCCUGCUCUCCGUCUCUGAAGUACCGAACUGUUGACAAUAUAAAAGGCUGUGAACAAUGUUUCUUCAACUUCAGCUCCCAUAAGAAGCCCCCGCUGGACUGGAGUUUGGUGGAUACUAACCAACAAAUGGCGCUGGCUGUUGCCCACUUCCUGCUUGGUUUCUUAGUCCCUCUGUCUAUCAUCAGCACCUGUGCCUACCUCAUCCGGGCCAAGCUCCGGAGGGAGGGCUGGGUCCACGCCAGCAGGCCCAAGACACUCCUGGUGGUGCUGGUGAGCGCCUUCUUCAUCUUCUGGUUCCCCUUUAACCUGGGGCUCUUGGUGGAAUCCAAGCUGCUGCCGUCCUGGGGCCACUCCUAUCUAUCCAUCUUGUGGGUCACCUUCUCCCUGGGCUGCUUCAACAGCUGUCUCAAUCCCUUCCUGUACGUCUUCAUCGGCAGAGAUUUCCAGCAAAGGUUUUUCCAGUCGGCAUCUUCCGCCUUGGCCAGGGCUUUUGGGGAGGAGGGUUUCAUCAGCUCCUGUCCUGGAGGCAAAUCCCCCAGGCGGUGGUAG